AUGGAUGGAAAACAACAAAUUGAACACAUUUUAUUAAAUAAGAACAUCAAAGAUCGAAUAAGUUACCGUGUUCAAUUAAUUGCUUCAGUUGAUUGUAUUCGCUUUCUUAUACGACAAGGUCUUGCAUUUCGUGGUCAUGAUGAGUCCCAAGAGUCUAAUAAUCAAGGUAACUUUCUCGAACUUCUAACAUUUCUUGCUGAUCACAAUGAGGAAGUAAGAGCUGUUGCUUUAAAAAAUGCUCAUGAGAAUCUUAAACUGACUUCACCAAAGAUUCGGAAGGACAUUGUAAAUGCUUAUGACAUGGAAAUAAUUAAUGUUAUUAUUAGAGAUAUGGGAGAUGUUGUUUUUUCUAUUUUAGUUGAUGAAUCUCGUGAUGUAUCCAUAAAAGAACAAAUGGUCAUAAUGUUUCGUUUCGUUAUGUGGACAAGAGAGGGUACUUUUCUCACCAUAGUGUCUAAUGUGGUGAAUGUUGUUGGAGCCUCAUCUAAGCGUCGUGAUUUUCUCUGGGAAAAACAAGCUCUCAAAGUCAUCGAAGCCUUAAAAGGUGGAGAACUUUUGAGUGGAAGAUGCUAA